AAACUUCCUUCUCCUACAAAGACCUAAGCAAGAUGGAAUUAUGCAGGAUUGUACAGAAAAACUACGCUCAGACAACGGUUAUGUUGGUAGUGAUUCUAAUAAUACGCCGUGUUUGGUUCAAGGUUUAAUUCGUUCAGGUCGCACUCAAGAAGUUAAAACAAAAAUGUUACAUGAAUUAAGUUCAUUGGUAGCUAAAAUUACGGAGUUAGAUGAGAAACGCGUAACAGCUGGUUUCCUAGAAGGAUCGACCAAAAAUGCAUUAGAAAACGGCAUGAAAGCACCGGAAACAGGAGAAAAGACACAAUGGAUGGAAAAAUAUGGAAUUAAACUUGAUAAACAAUAG